UGAAGCGAACCAACGGAGCCUAGUGGCCUGCGCAAACAGUCAUCCCGUUAUGUUCCUUUGACGUCGUUUGCCUGACAAUGCUCAUGUCACAUCCCAGACCUCCUACGACAAUGACAGCUCGACGCUUUCCGAGACACCUACACUACAAUCGGUAACCUUGUCUUUACAUUCUAAGACAUUGUGAGCUUUGGAUUGCGUACCGCCCAGCCACAAGCACAUCGCGCCGUCUCCGGCUGCUAUCCUGGAUCCUCGCGACAAACCCAGUCCUGUUGGCAGACCAGCGCUCCUAUCAUCAAAAUGCCUGGAAGCAGUCGUGUUGUGCCUCAGGCCGCCCAGGUCGAGGAUUGCGAGAGUGAUGAAAGCACAGCAAGGCCAGACACUGCCAGACAGGCGCGGCGCCGUACACAGUCGACGAGGCCGGCGUCAAAGACUAUACAUAGGAGUGACUCUGGCUAUUCGUCACAUCACGCCGCUGUUGGCAAAGCCGCGCAAGUCCCGGCUGCUGUCGUCCAGGCUGCCACAGCUUCACGCCAGGCUCCUCCGCCAACCACACUAAAGAGCCGACCAGCAGUCCACCGCAGUGAGAGCACGAGAGGACGGCCGCAAGCACCCUCGAGGUCUGCUUCUAUGGCAGCUCAAUGCACGGAUCCGAACUGCGCGGAUCCUAACUGUGCGAGUAAGCGGAAUGGCGACCGUCGGUACGUACUGCCAAGGCUUCAGGAUCCUACGGCAUACCCGCCGACUGCAACGCAAUACCCGCCAUACCAGCAACCGCCGACAACUGUGCAAGUGCCAUUGUCGCACUAUCAGCCACCGCCACAUCAGUACUAUGCGCCACCUACACCUACCACUCAAGCUGCACCUAAUCUGAGCCAAUACCCUCGCGCUCGUGCAUCAUCUGCUAGUCGUCCGUCUCGUCCGAUGAGCAUCCAUGGCGCGGUGAACUUCAGUGCUUAUGGCGUGCCGCAGCAACAUGGACCGCCACCGGCACGAUCGGCAUGGCAGAACUUACCCGCCACAUAUUCCUCACAAUACCCACCGGGACAGUAUUACGGCACUACACCCCCCAACCAGAACAUCCCACCCUAUCCACAAAUGUCGCCUCUGUUGCCAUCACCAACAAGCCCAACGUAUGCUGUCGCACCUAAUCUGACUCGGACGUACUCCACGCGCACGGUCAAUACCGCACUCCCAGGCUAUGACGUGACCGGUGUCGCAGUAGCGCCCAUGCGGCCGCCAACUUUCUCUGCGAGACAGACUUCAGCGAUGCCUGGCAGCUUCCCGCAGCAGGAGACAGUUGCCCAUGAUGAGUCAGAGGCCUCACAGUCCUAUAGCGAGUCGGAGACUGACACUGAAGACGAGCGUGAGCGCGAACUCGAACUUCGACAGCGCGAGCUUGAACGUCAACGUCGCCUUCGUGAUAACAAACUCAUGCCUCCGCCGUCACGCCGGCCAUCGCCAAAGAAAGGAUACACGAUGCCGAUUGUGCAGCAGACAACCCGCCCUUCAGCUCGCCACGCGCCGAGAUCUGAUACAGGCGUCGAAUACUCUGUAUCCGAUCAGGUGGACUCGGACAGGACACCACGGCCGACCGUUCAAAAGCCCCGGACUAGCUCAUCAUACUCCAGCCAGAGCCGGCGACCGUCCGUCUCUACCACCGCGUCAUCGGGUCGAACGAAGGCUACCACUGUCUCCGAAGGCUCGGGUUCACGAAGAUACGCUAUCAUCGAGGGCAGAUACGGGCGGAAGAAAGAAUACCUUUCUAGCGAACAGUACGACGAUCUAGUCCGCCGUUAUGAGCGCCAAAGGCACGAAGAAGCAGAGCAACGUGAUCGCGCCGAAGCCUAUCAGCAGCAUUAUGGCGGCCCACGCACCCCGGAAUUGACCGCCGAGAACAUUCAGAAGGCUCAGCGGCGACAGAGCGGUAGCCAUGUGUCUGGCUCUGGUCACAGCAGGAAGAGCAGCCAGUCAUCUUCGAAGGGCUCGCAACCGGAGCGUAUCCGCAUACAAGUCGGAAAGACGGUUUUGCAUGUCGACCCCGAUGCCACUGUGACUAUGGAACCUGGAGAUGACGGCACACACAGCCUCGUGGUGAAGAAUCCAUCUGGCAGAGAUAGUGGCUACCACGGUAGCAAGAGUUCUGGAAGCAGGGCGAGCAGGGUGAAGGACACCAUCACGGAGUAGGAGGAGUACGAGCCAGGCAUGUGAGCAAUGCAAUAAUGCAAGGCCACAACCCCACAACACCACUUCUUGAGACUGAUCCAGAGAACCGUCACCAUUAUCAUCACCACCGCCACUCUCAUUAUCACAACCUCUCUGCAACAAUUACCGUGCGACUUAAUGAGGGCUUUGAAGCUAUCACGAGUUUUGGUGUCAGCGAUUCUUCACUUCUUGACCAGAUACCCGACACUUGUGCAGCAUUGCCAUGCAGUGCACAAACGCUUCGGUCAUCUGGGGAAAGCUUUGCAUUAGCGUGGCGUAUUUUGCGCCUCUAAAAGCAAUGCUUCGUUUUGACUUCCGGCGGUUCACUUGAAGAUACCCCUUGUCGUAUAGCAUGGCGUCCUCGGCAUCAUCCGCACUUAGCAGAGCGCUCGCAUAGCUGGGUUCGGCUAAACAGUCGCUAAUGGUUCGAGAC